AACCGGCAAGAGGAAGCAGCAGCACAAUUGUCAAGUAUUUUUCACAUAUUGCAGGAGCAAUUUAAAGUCAUAGGAAUUUAGGGCAGGAUUACAUGUCUGAUACGCGCAAGGAUCCCUGCAAAGCCAACGCCUGCCGCAUUCAAGCCUGUCUGAACAAGAAUCACUACCAGGAGGACAAGUGCUUGGAUGUCCUUGAGGCAAUGCGCCAGUGCUGUCUGAAGUGGCAUAAGGAAUCGCUUUGCUGCAGUGGAAUCGAUCUGGAGAAGACGUAUCUACCAGAAGCAUCCAAGGAAAAGAAACCAACCGGCAAGUCGAACAAAUAAUGUCCAUGCCGCAGUAUAAGCCUCCGAAGGAAAUUCAAGACUUGCUAGACAAAAAGGAGCAGCAGCAGGCAAAUCAGCGCAGGCGCACCGCUGUGCUUCCCAAACGCUCGUGGAUUCAGCGGAACCCACGCCUGUUCCAGAUCUCCUUCAUCACAGGUUCAUUGCUGAUCUUUUUCUCCAAGCCCCUGUACGACUGCUUUAUUGCCGAUCCUCUGCCGCCGCCGGAAAUCAAAGUGCCGCCUCACAAGCGCUGAGCUGAGGCAUGGAAUCGGUGCGCAAAGCCAACCAAAGGAUCCGCAACUAUCCAGUUCUGUUGAGCAAGUGCGCGGACAAAGCGACUGCGUAUGCGGUUUGCGUGUCGCGGGAUCUAAACGUGCAGCACAAAAUCUGCGACACCGAGUUCAAGGAGUUUCUUAGCUGCAUCCGCAAAACCGCUUUGGAAAUGAAAACUAAGCUCUAGACAAACGUAAACAAUAAUCACAAUGACUCAAACAAAGGCUGCGUCCAAUGGAUGGCAGCGACUGGGUCGCCGCAUCCUUUACACUAGCAUUCGGACCCAUCUCCUAAUAUCGGCUCUGCUGCGAAUAGCUUUAAUCUGCUACGGACAAAUACACGAUAGUCAGUCCGCGGUGCCCUACACGGAUAUAGACUACAAGGUUGUGACGGAUGGAGCCCGUCAAGUUCUGGCUGGGGACACGCCCUUCGCCAGGCACACUUACCGAUAUAGCCCAAUCAUGGCAUACCUGCAGACCUUCAACAUCCUUCUUCACCCAGCGUGGGGUAAGCUACUGUAUGCCACAUUCGAUCUGCUCAUCGCCACACUCAUUUACCGCCUGGUGCACAUGGAAAUCAAGAGUCAGUACCAGAAGACCGUACAACACCUGCUCAGCAAGUUCAACAGGCCACGGGAGUCGGACCAAUCGCUGGAUGCUUUGGAUGAGCGAAGUCAUCCCGAGAACUUAGCACGUGCCUCGGCUUGCUUUUGGCUUUACAAUCCACUGACGGCUGUAAUAUCCACCCGUGGAAGCGGCGACUGCUUCUCGAGCUUCUUCGUGAUACUAACUAUAUACCUGCUGUUAAAAUCGGAGCACAACGUCGCCAGGAGUUACUGGCUUAUAUUCGGAGCGGGCCUGGCUCACGGACUAGUGAUUCAUCUCCGUCUGUAUCCGUUGCUGUUCAGUUUGGCCUACUAUUUAUCGCUAUCAACGCGGCUGACACAAACUCCCCUCGACUUCCUGUGCCAAAUUCUGCGACCCAACAAGCAACAAUUGUGCCUGAUAAGUGGAACAUUGAUUAGCCUAGUGACCUUCACUUGGACUUUCUACUCAAUGUACGGUUGGGAGUACAUAUACGAGGCCUACCUGUACCACUUUGUACGCAAGGACCCGCGACACAACUUCUCGCUGCAGUUCCUUCUACAGUACCUGGGCAGUGCGUCGAGUGUGGCGGAACCGUCUGCGAUCCUGAAGACUCUAGUGCUGGCCCCGCAGUUCCUGCUCAUACUCUACUUAAGCCUGAGCUUCGGUCAGUUCCGCCAGACGCUGCCAUUCUGCAUCUUUGCCGUGGCCUUUGUCAUCGUCACCUACAACUCGGUGGUAACCUCUCAGUACUUCAUUUGGUACUUGGCCAUUCUUCCGCUCUGUUUGAACAACUUCAAGAUGCUGUCGUGGAGAAGGUGCUUCAGUCUCCUGUUCCUCUGGCUGCUUGCCCAGGCUCUGUGGUUGCUGCCGGCCUAUUUGCUGGAGUUCCACACAUGGAACACCUUCUACUGGAUUGGAGUGCAAGGCGCUGUGUUUUUCGCCGCCAACGGAUACAUUUUGGAGCAGCUUUUGAGUCAUUACGGGUUCACACAAUUUAAGAUAAGCUACAGAAAGUUACUGUAAUCAAACAAUCCGCCAUACUUAAAGUGUGCAAGUAAGAGAUUUAAUAUAUUAAAAAGCACAAGA